AUGGCGAAUCUGUUGCUACCCGGACCUAGCUUAGAAACACAGAUGGUGGAAGAUGAAACUGAGACAACAAGUGAAGAAUUGCCUCCUCAUCUGCGGGAGGAGCCUCCCGAAGAUGCCAGCAAGGAGCAUCCACAGCAGCAGGCAGGGGUGAUCUGGAGAGUGACGGGCGGCCUGUUCAGCAUCACCCGGGGAGCCGUGGGGGCCACGCUGGGAGGAGUCGCCUGGGUGGGCAGCAAGAGCCUGGAGCUCACCAAAACAGCUGUGACCAGCGUCCCCGCUGCUGGCGUCGGACUGGUGAAGGGCAGCGUCUCGGCAGUGACCGGCAGCGUCGGAGCCAUGGGCAGCGCGGUCGCCAGCAAAGUCCCUUUCACCGCAAAGAAGAAGGACAAGGCUGACUAAUCCCUGUCACAGCUCCCUUCCAAAAGAUCAACCUGCCCAUACUCUCCCCCUACACAGCACCUCUUUGAGUUGGAACCAGCCGCUUCAGGGAGGGUCAAGCACCCGAGCAGACUCCGGCUGCAGCCUGCUC